CUGGCCCGCAUAGAGCUCCUCCAGGUGGCCGAUGCCGUCGCCCGGGAGAAGGGGAUCGAGCGCGAGCUCGUGCUCGAGGCGAUGGAGCAGGCGAUCACCCACGCCGGUAAGAGAAAGUACGGUCAGGAGCACGAUAUCCGCACCGAUAUCGACCGCGAGACCGGCGAGAUCAAGCUGAUGCGUUACCUGGAGGUCGCCGAAGAGAUCGAGAACGAGGCCACCCAGAUCCCGAUCAGCGAGGCUCAGGAGCGCAAUCCGGCCGCGCAGGUCGGCGACUAUCUGGCGGAUCCGCUGCCGCCCAUCGACUUCGGCCGCAUCGCGGCGCAGACGGCGAAGCAGGUGAUCGUCCAGAAGGUUCGCGAGGCCGAGCGGGCGCGUCAGUACGAGGAAUACAAGGAUCGCGUGCAGGAGAUUGCGAACGGCCUCGUCAAGCGCACCGAGUAUGGCGGGCUCACCGUCGACCUGGGCCGGGCCGAGGCGGUGAUCCGCCGCGAAGACCUGUUGCCGCGCGAAUCCUUCCGCAACGGCGACCGCGUGCGCGCCUACAUCUACGACGUCCGGCGCGAACCGCGCGGGCCGCAGAUCUUCAUGUCCCGCACCCACCCGAACUUCAUGUCCAAGCUCUUCGCCCAGGAAGUGCCGGAGAUCUACGACAGCAUCAUCGAGAUCGACGCCGUGGCCCGCGACCCCGGCAGCCGCGCCAAGAUCGCCGUUCAUUCCAACGACAGCAGCAUCGAUCCCGUCGGCGCCUGCGUCGGCAUGCGCGGCUCCCGCGUGCAGGCGGUCGUCGGCGAGCUCCAGGGCGAGAAGAUCGACAUCAUUCAGUGGUCGCCCGAUCCUGCGGCGUUCAUCGUCAACGCGCUCGCGCCGGCCGAGGUGACCAAGGUCGUGCUCGACGAGGAAUCGAAGCGUAUCGAGGUGGUGGUGCCGGAUGAGCAGCUCUCGCUUGCCAUCGGCCGGCGCGGGCAGAACGUCCGGCUCGCGUCCAACCUCACCGGCUGGGACAUCGACAUCCUGACCGAGGCCGAGGAAUCGGAACGCCGUCAGGAAGAGUUCCACUCGCGCUCCGAGAUGUUCAUGGAGGCGCUCGACGUCGACGACGUGAUCGCCCACCUGCUGGUGACGGAAGGGUUCUCCACCGUCGACGAGGUGGCCUACGCGCCGAUCGACGAGCUGGCUGCGAUCGAGGGCUUCGAGGAAGAGCUGGCGAGCGAGCUGGCCACCCGCGCCGCGGCCCAUGUCGAAGCGACCAACCGCGCGCUGAACGAACGUCGGCUCGAGCUCGGCGUCAGCGACGAGGUGGCUGCCAUCGAGGGCCUGGAUCCGGCGAUCCUCGUCGCCCUCGGCGAGAACGAGAUCAAGACGCUGGAUGAUCUCGGCGAUCUCGCCGGCGAUGAGCUCAUCGAGAUCCUGGGCGACCUCGCGCCCUCGAUCGAGGAGGCCAACGCCGUCAUCAUGAUGGCGAGGGCCCACUGGUUCGGCGACGAAGAGCCUGUCGAUGGCGCGGAGGCCGACGAGGCCGCCGAGGCCGCGGCCGAAGAGCACGAGAGAGCGAACGUUUGA